AUGGGUUCGUUGGCUGACGUCCUGACCCCACCAGGCUCUCUACCAGAAGAAGCACCCUUCGACUCCCUGUCGCAAUCAGAGCCCAUCGCCGAAUAUGCCCCGCUGGUCAAGACGAAAAGCACCCCGAGCCUGCUCAACUACCGCUCGGGACCUCCGCCGCCCUUAAAUACCGCAAAGCGCCUGAGCAUCGAUGCAGGACAAUUAGAUCGCAUGGCUAGGUCUCCCAUCGUUCCAGAACAUGAGCAUGGCCUAGGGUCCUCCGGCCUGCGUCGCAUCCGCCAACAGCCAAGUUACAAGCAGCUCUCAACAUCCCAACGGGCUGCUUCCCUGAACAUUGGCACUCCGCCAGUAUCGAGACAUCCCUCCGAAUCGGCGCCCACGGCGCCCGCCUCGCCAACAUUUGCUUUUGGCGAAGAUCUCUCUCGUUUCCCCUCCGAGUCACUUCACUCCUUCUCGUUUGCAACACAGUCAGAAGAGUUUAUUCACAAUCGCCAGAAUGUGCUAAAACGAUCCAUAGAGUUUAUGCGUGACAGGCUAGGCUGGGCAGCAACAAACCCUGGGAUAGCAAACGCCCAAGCAAAACUCAGUGGCGACCAGGAGGUGCAGAGUAUGAUGGAGCUGCUUACUCGGGCAAACCUCAUUGGACAAGAUGGCACAGGAGCCCAUGGACUGGGUGCACUGGGUCCUGUAACAGGGCCAGCCGACAUGUCGGGAAACAAUCCCUUUGAGAAGGGCUUCAUGGCCGAACGCUCAGCGAGUCCAGAGAGCAUGCUUGAACCUGCAAGGCCAUCGCUGCACCGAGUGACAACUGUCGACGGCGGCGACUCCAGCAGUGCCUCAGACUCCCGAGGCGCGCGAAGCUCGUCGAGUACUGAUCGUACCUCUGACACCUCAAGCACACGCACACCAGCAGGCUCUUCUUCACCCCCACCAACCUCGCAACCUCCUCGGCCGCAGCGAGCUGCCCUGAAACGUACACUUACUGAUGUCGUGCCCCUCACCAUACAAAGCCAACUCAAUGACGCUCUAGCACAGCCCUACCGGGUAGGGGAUCAAGAAAAAGUUAGCGAUCUAGUUUCACCUACGACAAUGCCCUCCUUGACACCGAGCUUCAGCAAUGCACCAGUUCAACAUUCUGUCGGAGCUGCGCCGCAUGGUCAUGGCAGCAGACACGUCCCAGCCGCACAGGCCAUCUUCACCACCGAAACGGAAUCACCAUGGACCAUCACGUCCGCCAAUGACCUGGCGUGCUUGGUCUUUGGUGUUACGAGAGCUGAAGUCCGCAAGCUGGGCAUACUCGAAGUUGUACGAGAGGAUCGCAGAAAAUGGCUAGAAAGCAAGUUGAGAGACCCCGAGAUUGGCUCAAAGAAUGCACAAUCGGCAGCGUCACCCGGGACAAACAACUUAAAGGUUGGCAGUGGUGUCACAGCACGGUUGCUGAGUAAGGCUCCGUCGCGGGUAACAGCUGCGAGAAAGGCCAAGACAGACGACGGCAGCGGAUCAUCCUACUAUAAUGCCAAGAAAACGGGCAAGCUGAACCAUGAAUCCAAAGGCUCGAGGGGCGUAUUGCUAUGCGGCGACGUGAUUCCUAUUCAAAAACGCAAUGGUUCUACAGGGUCUGCCAGCUUGUGGGUCAAAGAGAAGCGGGGUAGCCUGAUCUGGGUGCUCGAGGAGAUUGCGGAAGACGUCGUGUACAUCACCGUUGACGAAGUAGGCUGCGUAUCCAAGGGCUGGGGCGCGACAGAAGCCGUCUUCGGGAGCGACCGAUUACGACGAGGAAUGGAUCUCAAGCGGCUGAUACCUGGCAUACCGCGACUUCGAGGUACAAACACUGGAGCAUUAGAUUAUGAUUCGAUCGAUGAGUUCCGCAGCUACACAGCUCGAACAUCAAACAGCAUCAACAUACCAGUAACUGUGGAAGCACUACCCGGCGAGCCAACAUUCCGUAUCUCAAGUUUCCCACACAUUGCCGGUAUCAUUGUUCUAAAUUCUGCCGACCUCAAAAUCACAAGUUCCAAUUCCGUCUUUUCAUCAGCUUUGUUCGGACAGCCGCGGCCUGAAGGUAUCCAUAUCAGCAAGCUCAUACCUGCGUUCGACAAGAUUUUACACGUCAUGACGGACGAGGAUAAAAUUGAGCUGGUGGACGGUAUCGUUAUCCCCGAACACAGCUUCCGCCGCGCUCGAGCUCUGCUGGCCAUGCGGGAAGGCAGCGCAGAUGCGGCUGCUAUUUUCUUGAAGCCAAGUGGUCUGCCAGCUCUCCACCGUGAUGGUUCCGAGAUUAUGGUUGACGUGCAAAUGCGGGUAGUCAAGAGCGAGAAAACGCCUCGCUUCGAUGAAAACGUGAUUGAAGAGGAGGACGGGUCGUCCCCCAAACCAACCAAGGGUCCAGAGCUGGUUUACGCAUUAUGGAUAACCUACUCCAGGCAACUGCAUGCUGCGAACCAUGGUAUUGGGCCCGUGACUCCGCUAUUGUCUCGCCCACCCUCGCCCCGCCAACUUCAACCUGGCCAAUCGAGUUUUCCUAUUCCUAACGAACCAGAAUCACAUCAAUCGCAGGGUGCACCGACCUCUGCAUCGCUUAUAACUCAGCAAAUACAAGAAGCCAUGCAACCCAUGAACCCUCCUGAACCCUCAACACAACCCCCACCAUCAGCUACAAUGCAAGAAGAACCACCCCACAAGAAGACUAUCAACGACUUUGUCGUGCUGGAAGAAAUGGGACAGGGCGCAUACGGCCAAGUCAAGCUCUGUCGAUACAAGAAGGCCAGUAACAAGAAGGUGGUGAUCAAGUAUGUUACAAAGAGGCGGAUUCUCGUCGAUACGUGGACGCGAGACAGGAGGUUAGGAACUGUUCCUCUCGAAAUCCACGUCCUAGAUUACCUUCGCCGCGAUGGCUUCAAGCACCCCAAUAUUGUCGAAAUGGCCGAUUUUUUCGAGGACGAUAUCAACUACUACAUUGAAAUGAUACCGCAUGGCCUGCCAGGCAUGGAUUUGUUUGACUACAUUGAGCUACGGGUUAACAUGGAAGAGAAGGAGUGCCGAAAGAUUUUUGUUCAAGUCGCUGAAGCGAUACACCACCUGCACACGAAGGCAAAGGUUGUACAUCGCGACAUCAAGGACGAGAACGUGGUAUUGGAUGGCGAAGGCAACAUCAAGCUCAUUGAUUUCGGCAGUGCAGCAUAUAUUAAGAGCGGGCCUUUUGACGUCUUUGUUGGUACCAUCGACUACGCCGCCCCCGAAGUUCUAGCCGGCAAAGCCUACCGCGGCAAAGAACAAGACGUCUGGGCCCUAGGCAUCCUCCUCUACACCAUCAUCUACAAGGAAAACCCCUUCUACUCGAUUGACGAAAUCAUGGACCACGACCUCCGCGUCCCUUGGGUCAUGUCCGAAGAAAGUAUUGAUUUGGUCCGCUUGAUGCUGGACCGUGAUGUCGAAAAGAGGAUUACGAUUAGUAUGGUGCUGGAGCACCCGUGGUGUAAGGGUGUCAGUGGUGGUGAGGUGACGCCGACUGCUGCUACGGCACCGACUGCCGCGCUGCCGGCGCCUGCGAGUACGAUUGCUUCAGGUGUUUUGGGUGAGGUAGAUGGAUAG